AUGCACCCUGACACCAAACUCAUUGGAAACAUGGCACUGUUGCCCAUCAGAAGUCAGUUCAAAGGACCUGCCCCUAGAGAGACAAAAGAGACAGAUAUUGUGGAUGAAGCUAUCUAUUACUUUAAGGCCAAUGUCUUCUUCAAAAACUAUGAAAUUAAGAAGGAAGCCGAUAGGACCUUGAUAUAUAUAACCCUCUACAUUUCUGAGUGUCUAAAGAAACUCCAAAAGUGCAAUUCUAAAAGCCAAGUGAUGAGGGCCUACUUACAACAGCUGAGGCAAGAGACUGGACUGAGAUUUUGUGAGAAAGUUUUUGACUCUCAGAAUGAUAAACCCAGCAAGUGGUGGACUUGCUUUGUGAAGGGACAAUUCAUGAACAAGAGUCUUUCAGGACCUGGACAAUAA